GAAGUAUAGUCAAAUGAGACGGAAGUUAGUUGGUUUACAACGUGUUUAUGGGUCAAAAACUUUUACAGCAAAAAACCCAUAAAGCCUUAUGUCCGACUGUAUCACCUGCAUAUAUGACAAGUCGGUACGGAUGUAAAUAUGUGUUAGUUAGCUGGAGUUCAGUGCAGAGCUGGAAUACAAAUUUAACUGAGUGAUUAACUUGAGAGUAAAAGAAUAACAAUCCGACUUCUAGUCCAGCUGAGCGGACGAGGUGUUAAAUCAACUGCUAUGUCUAUUUCCCAAGUUGUUCCAUUUCCUAUACCAACUGGGACUUCAGCACAGAUGACUAAAACUCCCAGUCCAACCUCUAGUAGAAGCUGCUGUGAGAACGGCCGCCCCAUCCUUGCGGACCCUCACACAGGCCAGACAAUCUGUUCCUGUCAGUACAACCCGGCACUCCUGGGCUACUCCAGACUUGCCGGGCUCCCCGAUGGCGUCUACGGAAGUCCUGCCUAUACUGCACAAGGACUAGUCCCAUUUGCAUCAGAAGGCUCUGCAUUUUAUUCACCCCUCACAAGUGGUCCCUAUGAUAUUAAAGAAGCGACAGAGGCGUGGCGGAGCCUGGCCGCCGCCCAGCCCGGGGCAUGCUUUCCAUAUGACCCGGCCAUGUCUGUCUACCCAUACGGACCUGGAUAUGGAGGAAUUGAUUUAAAUGCACGACGCAAAAAUGCAACCCGUGAAACUACCAACACGUUGAAGGCUUGGUUAUAUGAACACAGAAAGAAUCCCUAUCCUACAAAGGGUGAGAAAAUCAUGCUAGCCAUCAUCACAAAAAUGACUCUCACACAAGUCUCUACGUGGUUCGCAAACGCCAGGAGAAGACUUAAAAAGGAAAAUAAAAUGACAUGGUCGCCAAGAAACAGAUCUGAAGAUGAUGGUGACGACGAUUUAGAUAAUGACGAUGAUGAUGAUUUGAUGAGGAAAAACGAAAAUCUUUUAGAUAAGAAAGAAUGCACAAUUAAGACAGAAGAACAUGAAAAAGAUCAUGAAGACCGCGAGUUAAAUGAAAAAAUUAUCAGCGUGGAUGAAGAUGAAGAUUCCAAUCUGAGUUUCGAAGACAGCGACACGCGACAAAGAGUGGAUUCAUUGAGCUCGGAAAGUGAAAGUUUAUCGAAUAAAAUUCUUCGAAGGGAAGCAGACGCAACAUCUCCAAAUCUGAGCAUUGGCGAAGAUUCAAGAUGCAGCGACUUGGCCUCUCCUGCGUGUUCUAGUGCUGCCACAUGUUCCCCGCAACCUAUAAAAUCUGACAAAAAUUCCAGCCAAAGUCAGGACAAUCGAUCUAAAAUUUGGUCUGUGACCCAGUUUUUGAAUUCGUCCUCAUCCGACGACGAAAAAGACGAUGAUGUGAAAAAACCAAUUGUGACGUCAUCUACUUCAAGUCGAGGCUCCCAUGUCCCUCAUAGUGCUUCGGACUUGUAUUAUCUCACCUCCACUGCUAGUCACAUGAUGAGAACCGGUCGUUAUGGCGGAUUUGGUCCCUACCCUAGUGCUCUAUCCCUGGCACACCCACCACUCUCGUACCCCUACAUCUUGUCAUCACAUGCUGCUGCCAAGAGUUCUUUGGGUGGAUCUCAUUUCCCUUUUUCUGGACCGGAAAACCUGUCCAAAUCUGCAGAAAAGCUCGUAAGGUCUUCUAGUUCUUUAUUUUCUCCAGCAAGAGACAUUGAUGUUGUUCGUCCCUAGUUAAAUUAUUUUUAAUAUACUAUUACUAUGUCGUUGAUUUAUAAUUAUUAUUAUUAAAGUAAAUGUAUGUUUUAUCUAAAA